AUGGUUGUCUUGCUGGUCAUUUUUGCUGCUCUUCUGUGUCCCACCGUCCACAGUGCGGAUGCUUCAGUGGAAUGGUGCUAUCACAAGGCAGAAUGCAAUUUUACCACCUGGCCCAAGAUUGCCCCUAAAUAUUGCAAUGGAUCCAUGCAAUCUCCCAUUAAUAUCGUGACUGCAAGUGUUCAGGGCAAUCCUAACCUGACUUCCUUUAACUUUAAUGGUUUUGAUGACAGCUCCACCUUCAUGUCAAUAUUAAACUCCGGCGAAUCCGUGGUGGUUAACCUGGAUGAUGAGAAAAUGUCAGUGCAAGGAGGGGGUCUUCCAGGUGUUUACAACACUAAACAAUUCCAUCUCCACUGGGGUAACGGCAGCUCCUCACCUGGCUCCGAACACACCGUGGAUGGCAAACAAUACCCAAUGGAGCUGCACAUUGUAAAUGUUCAUUCAAAAUACAACGGGAGUGUGUCAGCUGCUCUAGCUGCCAAAGACAGCUCAGCAUUGGCUGUUCUUGGAUUUUUCAUAGAGGGAACCAGUGAAGUGAACAAAACAAAAAGCUGGGAUGUCCUUACAUCAUUUUUGACAAGCAUCCCCAAUUCAGGUGAUACAACCACAGAUAUCAUGAAUCAAACCACACUGAACAGUCUGAUUGAAGGUGUGGACAGGACUAAAUAUUACCGUUAUCAAGGCUCCCUAACUACACCCAGCUGUAAUGAAGCUGUGGUUUGGACCGUGUUUAAAGAGCCCAUCAAAGUCAGUCACAACUUUAUCAACCGCUUCAGCACUACUGUCUUUUUCAAAGAUCCAGAUGCUUCAGUUCUGAUCACCAACAGCUUCAGAGGAGUUCAGCCCUUGAAUGGUAGAGUUGUGACAACACAGGUGGAACAAACAGCAGCUUCAUCAGCGGCCACAUCCACUUUAUCUGUUAUCACAGUACUCCUCUUGUCCAGUUUGUGUUGGCUAUAGAAAUACGCUUUGUGCACAUUUAUGAAA